CCACCAGCUGUAUUUUUUUUUACAUAUAAAAAAACCAGAUCAGGAACUCCUUGGAUCGGCUCCUUUCACUCACUCACUACAUUACAAACCAUAUACGAUGAUGGGUCACAACACAAUCCAAUUCUUUGGAUCUACUCGCAUGAUCACAAUUCCAUCACUACUACUAAUCCAUCACUACUUCUUCUUCUUCUUCUUCUUCUUCACUUCCACCACUGCUGCUACUAGUUCUUACAACAACGAUUAUCACCAUGAUGCAGAGGCUCUCCUUCAACUCAAAGCCCACUUCACCAUCAACACUCCUUCUCCCUCCGAUCAUCCCCUCUCCCGCAACUGGACCGCGGCCGCCGCAGCCAGCAUCUGCAGCAACUGGGUCGGCGUCUCUUGCGGCCAUCGACACAGCAGAGUAACCUCCUUAACUCUGCCCAACAUGAAGAUACAGGGGACUCUGCCUCCAGACCUCGGAAACCUCUCCUUCCUCGUCUCCCUCGACCUCAGCGGCAACCUCUUGUACGGUGAUUUGCCCAUGGAGAUCUCGAAGCUGCGGAGGUUGAAGACGAUCAACCUCUCCAGCAAUCAAUUCAACGGCAGCAUCCCACCAUCGAUUGGUUAUCUCGAGGGUCUGAAAACCCUCGAUUUGGGGGGGAACCAGCUUUCAGGUUCCAUACCAGCAGCGGUUUUCAAUGUUUCUUCAUUGGAGAGAUUGGUGUUGGCGUACAAUCGCUUAUCAGGAAGCCUUCCGGAUGAAAUGUGCGAUCAAUUGGGGGGUAUUAAGGUGAUCAAUGUGUCUCACAAUGAAUUGGGAGAUGGAAUUCCAUCUGGGUUGGGACAUUGCAGUGUUCUUCAGAAGUUGUCUUUGGGGUAUAAUUGGUUCACAGGGUCGAUUCCAGAGAGUAUCGGGAAUUUGACUGCGCUCGAACUUCUGAGCUUCUCGUUCACAAACUUGACAGGUGAAAUACCAUAUGAGAUUGGCAACCUUGGAAGGUUACGGAUCCUGGGGAUGUCAAACAGUGAUCUUUCUGGAGUCAUUCCGUCCACCAUGUUCAAUAUUUCCACCCUGCAAGAGGUGUAUCUUGGUGAGAACAGGUUAUCAGGGGAUUUGUCACGUGAACUGUGUUGUCGUGUUCGAAAUCUGAAUACUUUGUAUCUGGAGCAUAACCAGUUGCAUGGCGAGAUUCCUGCGAGCGUCGGGAACUGUACGAAUCUUCAGUUUGCAUCGUUCACCGUCAAUCGGUUCUCUGAAAGUAUUCCAACAGCUAUCGGAAAUUGCAGUAUGCUCACGGUGUUAGAUCUAUCCAAUAAUAGUUUGACCGGUGAAAUCCCUCAUGAAACUGGUAGCUUGAGUAGUAUUGAGGAGCUUUACAUGGGGAACAACUUCUUGGAAGGUGAAAUUCCUCGUGAACUGGGUAAUCUUAUUGCUAUGGAAGUUCUCAGCCUCGGCGGGAACAAGUUAAGCGGGCCUAUUCCGUGGGAGAUUUUCAACAUCUCAUCGAUAAGUUCUAUGGACCUUUUCGAUAAUAAAUUAUCAGGAGUUCUCCCACCAACCUUGGGCUCACACCUCCCAAAUUUGGAGAGACUUAAUGCUUGGGGUAAUGAGCUUAGUGGAAGCAUCCCAUUCUCCAUUGGCAAUGCUUCAAAUCUUUCUUUCCUAUCCCUAGCUAACAACUCAUUCUCUGGUCGUGCUCCUGAUGCCCUUGCCAAUCUGGAAUUGCUCGAGAUCCUUAGCAUCUAUGGAAACGAAAAGCUAGUUGUGGAGCCAUCCUUUCUCACUUCUUUGACAAGAUGCACUCGUUUGAGAUGGUUGCAGAUGUCGCGCACUUCAUUCGAGGAUGCUUCGCUCCCAAGUUCCAUAGGAAAUUUAUCAUCUCUCGAAACAUUCACGGCGUAUGACAGCGAAAUAAAAGGUAUCAUCCCCGAUCAAGUUGGCAACUUGAGCAAUAUUAAUUUCAUUGGUCUCUCUGGAAAUCGGUUAACUGGGUACAUUCCUCGAGCAAUUGGACGGCUCGAGAAACUCGAGUAUUUGGCAUUAGAUCGCAACGAGUUACUUGGACCGAUUACUGAUGAGCUUUGUGAGUUGCAGUUUAGUUAUCACUUAGAAUUGAGUUACAACAAUCUUUCACAACAAAUCCCAGGUUGCUUAGCCAAUUUGACUCAGCUGCAGCAUCUUCAUUUGGAGUUCAACAAGUUCAACUCUAUAGUACCUUCUUCACUUUGGGGGAUGAGCUCCUUACUAACAUUACGUUUGGGAGGUAACUUGCUAAGUGGAUCACUUUCUCCCCAAGUUAGCAACUUGAAAGCCUUGUAUUGGAUGGGUUUAUCAAGGAAUCAACUAUCAGGCUACAUUCCUGAAAGUAUUGGAACUCUUGUGAAUUUACAGGAGUUGUAUUUGGAUAGAAAUCAAUUCCAAGGCCCCAUUCCAAAUUCCCUUGCCAAUAUGGUUAUCUUGAAAUCCUUGGAUUUGUCAUCCAACAAUCUCUCAGGUGUUAUUGCCAAAUCUAUGGAGUCUUUGAGUGAUCUAAAGUAUUUCAAUGUAUCACAUAAUAGAUUAUGGGGAGAAAUCCCAAGUGGAGGACCGUUUGAAAAUUUAUCCUCAAGGUUAUUCGAGGGGAAUCUUGGGUUAUGUGGUUUACCUAAGUUUGGAGUACCCUUGUGCCCUCAACCCAAGGGAAAGAAACUUGGACAUAAGCACUUAGGAAAAGUAUUGAUUGUCAUUCUUUCUGCAAUGGUCGUUGCUAUUGUUGUUGUGGUUAUGGUUAUCAUUUGGUAUCGGAAUAGAAAAGCAUAUCAAAGGAACAAUGAAAGGGAGGAAUCAUUUCCUUUAACUAAAUGGAGGAGAAUUUCCUUGCUAGAGCUUCAAAGAGCAACUAAUGGAUUUGAGGAUUGCAACUUGUUGGGAAAGGGAAGCUUUGGUCGUGUGUACAAAGGGGAGUUAGCCGAAGGAAUCAAUGUAGCUGUGAAGGUGUUCAAUGACUUGGAGGAAGAAGAGGAAGCCAAUAAUGGCAUGGUUGAUGUUCAUCAUGAAUGUGAGAUUUUGUGCAAUCUUCGACAUAGAAAUCUGAUCAAAAUUAUUAGCAUCUGCUAUACGAUUGAUUUCAAAGCACUAGUGUUGGAGUUCAUGCCAAAUGGAAGUUUGGAGAAGUGGCUUUAUUCUCACAACUUUUUCUUAGACAUCUUCCAGAGGCUGGAUAUCAUGAUAGAUGUUGCAUGCGCCCUGGAAUAUCUCCACCACGGUUAUUUUGUUUCGAUAGUUCAUUGUGAUUUGAAGCCUGGGAAUGUGUUGCUAGAUGGAGAUCUAGUUGCACAUCUAAGUGAUUUUGGUAUUUCCAAGUUCCUAGGCGGUGCUGAUUCCAUCACUCAAACAUUGAAGUUGGGCACCGUCGGUUACAUAGCACCAGAGUUUGGCAGGGAAGGAAUUGUGUCAAUAAAGAGUGAUGUGUAUAGUUUCGGCAUUUUACUAAUGGAAGUUUUCACGAGAAGGAAACCAAAUGAAGAAUCAUUUGAUGAAGGAAUGGACAUGAAGCAAUGGGUUUCAAUGUUACUACCCGCAAGGGUGACUGAGCUUGUUGAUGCAAAUUUGUUGGCUAAUGAUGUUAGAAUAAACUUCAAGACAAAAGUUGACUGCAUGGCAUCAAUUAUGAAGCUCGCAUUAGCCUGUUGUGCAGAGAUAUCAGAAGAGAGAAUGGAUAUAAGAGAAGUGCUUUCCAAUCUGAAGAAAAUAAAGUCACAAAUUUUGAAAGCGAGACACUUGAGAGUUUAAAUAAAAAUGAGUGAGUGGAUAGUUGCCAUUCAAGUUGGAAGUAUAAUAAUUUAGUGACAAUAGUUAAGUAAAAUUAUGAAUAUUCAUAGUAUAUGUAAUUAGAGGUGGCAAAUGAAUUGGUUUCAAUGGAUUAGUUGAUUGGAUGAGUGGAUUAAUGGAUUCGAUUCAAUGGACUUUUGGAUCCAAGUGACAUCCAAGUUGCGGGGAGCAUUAUGAAAAUUUCAAAAAAUUUAGGUAGUAGAAUGUCAUCUAAAAAAUUACGUCCAUUUGGAGUACAUUUUUCAUUAAAAAAUGAAAAUUUGGCACUCAGAUUAUACAAUAUAAAUAGACAGAUAGUAUAUUGUAAUUUUCCAACAAUUCAUUAGUUGCGGGGAAAAAAAUUGUAAAGUUUAGGUAUCAUCAUCAAUGUGAAAUUUUUUGCAAUCCCUUGAGUCAAAAAACUAUUUGAAGUUAUUAGCAUGUGUCACACGAAAGAUUUCAAGGUGUUAGUUGGAGUUAAUGCCAAAUGAAAGUUUGGUGAAGAAGCGACUAUAUUAUCACAACUAUUUUUGUGACAUCUUUCUUAUGUUGAACACCGUAAUAGAUGUUGCACUCUCUUUCAAGGCUCAAGUAUCUAGUUACACAUUAGUAAUUUCGGCAUUUUCAAGUUGCUAGGUGACAUUGUUUCCAUUGGCUGAAUAUCGACCUUGGACACCAUUAAAUACAUAGCACUAGGUAUUUGUUAAGAAACAAGAUAAAGUUAUAUGUACAUUGUCUCAAUCAGACCAUUGAAAUCCUCAACAUUAAAUUUAUACAAAUUGAUAGUAUUUUUAGGAUUGGUUGGUUUUAGUUUUUUAGUUUUUACCUUUUAUCAUUCUAUGCACGGAAAAUUAUCUCCACCCCUUGCGGCCAAGCCAAUUUCGUGAACUGAAGUUAUGCAUGUUACUUUUACUUUAAAUAAACUGAAAUUGGUCUAGUAGCUUAUCUGGUUUUAGGGCGUUGCUCUUAUGGAGGUCCGAAGGUUUUUGGUUCAAGACCUGUGGAUCUCUGAAGAUUUUAUUUUAAAUAUUUUCCAUGAAAUUAAAUUAACAAAUUGGUCCCGUAGCUCAGUUGGUUAGAGCGUUGGUCUUAUGAGCCGAAGGUCGCGGGUUCAAGCCCCGCCGGGACCAUUGUGUUCAAACUUCAAAUGCGUGAUUAUGAGGAGAGAAUUAGCAAUUAACCUUUCAAAUUUUUGGUAUUUUAAUUAGAAAAAGAGUUACGCGAUUACUAACUAUAACUAUUUUAUAUUUCGAAAGAGCUACACAAUUACUAACGAUAAUUAUUUUAUGUUUUGAAAGGUUUGGUUAAUCAGUUCAAUAUGGUUCCUUAUGACAUAGAUAGCUGUGCAAGUUCAAAUGCCUGAUUUGGAGGAGAGAAAUAGCAAUUAACCUUUCAAAUUUUUGGUAUUUUAAUUAGAAAAAGACUUACGCGAUUACUAACUAUAACUAUUUUAUAUUUCGAAAGAGUUACACAAUUACUAACUAUAAUUAUUUUAUAUUUUGUAAGGUUUGGUGAAUCACUUCAAAAUGGUUCCUUAUGUCAUUGAUAGCUGUGCGAGUUCAAAUGCCUGAUUCAUAGUCAAGUAUCACUCAACAUUUCAAAAAUUUAAUAUUUUAAUUAAAGACAAUUACUAAUAAUAACUAUUUUAUAUUUUGAAAGAUUAGACAUGUAGCACUCACCAUUCCAAAAAUUUAAUAUUUUAAUUAAUAAAGAGUUAUGCAAUUA